AUGGGAGACAGUAUUGCAUCAGGGGAUUCGAAUCUCUCCCACUCUUUCAGGAGAGCCAAAUUUUCUGCCCGCAAGAGAGACGAGCCGCAGUUCUCUCCAGACGAGAUUGAUAGCCUGCCAGCGCUUGUGGACUUCAACGCAAAACACAACCCAUCUCACACAUUUUGCGUACAAUGCCACACGAGCGGACCGCCCACUUGCGUCAGCUUCUCCAGUUUCAAGUUGGCAACUGAUCGCUGUCGCGAAUGGCUCCUCGAUCAGCCGUGUCUGACGAAGCGGGAGGCCAACGAUCGCAGCCCGGUUGCCAUUUUCUUGGAGAGCGACAUCCGCAUCUUCAUCUACCUCGUUGGCUUUCUGCGGGCAGGUAUUCCUUGUCUGUUGCUCUCCGAAAGACUUAGCGACGUUGCGGCGAAACAUCUGAUCGCGGCCGCGGCCGCCUCGGCGGUUGUUGUAUCCACCAGGACGCGCGCGGCCCUGGACCUCCUGGACCGCGAUGACAAUGUCGACGUCGACGUCGACCAAAGCGAGAUUGAAUUCCUGCUCGCUCCUCCGUUGGACUAUUUUCUGAGCUCUGCUGACAAGAAGUCGGUGGCUGCGGGCACGACGACGUAUGAACUGUCUGAUGAUUCAAGUGGUGACUUGGUCUUCCACAGCUCAGGAACCACCGGCCUGCCAAAGCCGAUUUACCUUGGUCAUCGGCACCUGCUUGGCUACGCUGCUUGCCAUGAGUUUUCUCCAGAUGUCGACGAGUCCACAACCGGGAAAACGCUGACAACGCUGCCUCUCUAUCAUGGCUUUGGAUUGCUCGCUCCAUGUUUGGCCCUGUCGGUUGGGAAACCCGUCGUGCUAACUCCGUCGGCGAGCAUCCCCAAUGCCAACCUCCUCUGUUCAAUUCUCCAGCAGCAUGGAAUUACUUCGAUGAUGACUGUUCCCUCAGUAUUAGAGGAAUGUAUCAGUGUUGAAAAUGAUGCAUUCAAACCUAUCCGCGACUUGGAGUUCAUCGCCGUCGGAGGUGGUCCUAUGAAACCGAAUGUUGCCAAAGUCCUCCUGGAGAGAGGCGCCAAACUUUUAAACCAUUUCGGAGCGACAGAGCUCGGUGCCAUUGCACCCAUUUUUAGGCUAACGGCGAAGUACACUUAUCCAUGGCUUGUCCUCCGAAAGGAUGUACCGUUUGAUAUCCACGAACUUGGUGUUGAUGAAGAGGGCCGCAGACUGUGCAAGCUUAUUGCACACCCUUUCGGUUGGAAUAAGCCUCUUGAGCUUCAGGAUUCACUGCAACUCGGAUCUUCUCCUGAUGGCACCCUCCAGGUGAAGAUUCUGGGGCGGAAGGACGAUCUUAUUGUCCUCAAAACCGGGGAGAAGGUCUCCCCUACUCUGUGGGAGUCCUCUCUAAUGACGGACCCACUCAUAAAAUCCGCGAUUGUCUUUGGAGAAUCCCGAUUCCAACUGGGAGUUAUUCUGGAACUGAGCAUACAAGCAGCCAACCUGGAUAAUAAUCAAAUUCUUGAUGAGAUUUGGCCUUUGGUUGAGGCCACGAAUUCACAAGCCGAUAGACAUGCAAGAAUCGAGUCGAGGGCAUGCUUUAUUCUAACACCACGAGAUAUCACGCUACCCCGUACAGCGAAAGGUAGUAUUCAACGGCGGGAGGUCUAUAACAUCCUUGCUAGACAGAUCGAUGAGGCGUAUGAAGCGCUGGAUCAGGAAUUCUCGUCUUCGCUGAUCGGCUCUUUGAACGCGAGCAAUCUUGAUGAAAACUUACGAAAGGUCGUCUCCCUGUUUUUGCCCUCGUAUAUUCAAGAUUCGGAUUGGAAUCAAGACACCAAUCUUUUUGAACUAGGGAUGGACUCCUUGCAAGCUACACGGCUGCACCGGGUCCUUCGAUCGUAUAUUGAGGCUCAACCUCAUCAAAAGAAUUUAGCGAACCACACCUGCAAUUUGACAUAUGCGUACCCUACUUUAAGAUUGAUGUCAGCAUUUCUUACUACGGGAGCAGGUCGCGAACUGGAGAGUCGGCAAAGCCGCAUGUAUGAUAUCCUUCAAGAGUUCCAAAUACGUACAUCAGAGGUCGAUGUAUUGCCAAGGGAUGGAAAGGUUGUGGUUAUCACUGGGGCCACUGGAUGUCUUGGAGCAAAUUUGGUAGAAAUAUUGACAAGUCGUGGAGAUAUUCUCGAAGUGAUAUGUCUAGUGCGAGAGCACCAAGCUCAAGACGAGAUGACACACUUUAAUCACUCGCUUGAUGAAAAAGGGAUAGCCCUCACGGACACUCAAAUGGCCAAGGUAAGGCUCAUACGCUGGCAUCCAGGUGACGACCACCUAGGAAUGGCUCCUGGAGAAUACAAUCUAAUUGCUCGGACCGCAACACAUAUAUUUCAUGGCGCAUGGCCGAUGAAUUUCAAUCUCUCGCUGCUUUCCCUGAAAAGCCAGAUUCGCGCUACGGCCAGCUUAAUUGAACUUGGCCUUGAAUGCCAAAAGACACGACCAAACAUCACGCCGCGACUUAUCUUAGCCUCUUCUAUUGCAGUGGUGGGAGGAUAUGUCAAGCUUUUUGGAGGCUCAAUGAUCCCCGAAAUUGUACCUGACGAUCCUCUAACCACAGUCCCAAUGGGCUAUGCCGAAGCAAAAUGGGUCUGCGAGCGCCUUGUAGAAGAUGCUCGACGCUUGAUGCCGUCAAAAAUCAACUGCGCAGUAAUACGAAUCGGCCAGGUCGCUGGAUCUACAAAAACCGGGUUCUGGAACCCUGGAGAACACAUUCCAAGGAUGUUACAGGCGUCCCAGAAGGUGAAUGCUUUACCAAAAUUAGCUGGGGACGUUUCGUGGCUGCCAGCUGAUAUAGCCGCAAAUGCUAUUGCGGAAAUAUUGCUAGACGAUCGUACAGGGCAUCUGCUUUAUCAUGUUGAGAACCCAGUAAGGCAAAGCUGGAAAGAUAUUCUCUCCAUAAUACAGGAGGAUUACUCUUUCAAGAAUGUACCACUUAUUGAGUUUGAUCGCUGGAUUGAGCUAGCUACUGCCGAAGGCAAGCCUCUUGAGGACCUACGGUGGUUUUUCAAGGAAUAUUUUCUUCCAAUGGCCACGGGCGAAGUGAAACUUGAAACCAUUCAUUCCACAUGGUCAUCACCCACACUCAGAGCAUCAAGCGUGGUGAACAAGUCCACACUGCAACUAUAUCUAAGUGUCUGGAAGAAGUUAGGCGCUCUUUGA